AUGUCGUCUGCAUCAUCUGAUUCUUCUUCUGCCCCCGCGUCUCCUCCCUCCACAGCGCCCUCCACUCCUUUUCAGGCAGAAUCGGCGGCAUAUUUCAUAGUCACGCAUGAGCCCAGCGCUGCCUUUCUGAAGUCUCUUCCUGCACGUAGGGGCAGUGAUGAUCGUAUCCUGCUCUUCCUAGGGACAGGUCCCGCGAACGCACUCCUUGAGCAGGCGGUUGAGUUGCUGGAAGACUGUUCUUUGCGUGAGAAGGACAAAUGGGAGCUCAUGAAGACCAACGAUGGCGGCAAAGAAAUUUCAUAUUAUAGGACCAAAACUCAAGUUUCAACAAUCGCAUGCACCCCUUCUAUCGAUAUCAAUGCUCUCAAUAUUCAAACGACUUCAUGCAGCUAUUCAUCCGCACUCAAUAUCUUCGCCGACGCGUCGCUCCGUGUUGUUGUCUCCCUUCCUUCUCCUUCAACUGCCUCUCCAUUGAGCUUGCAUGUCCUUGAGCGCCCCCCACUCAGCUUCCCCCGUCUUUCCCUCACCUCUGCAUCUGUUCUGAACACUUCAGCCCAUCCCUACGGCACCCCGUCUCUGUCCGAGUUUCAAGAUGGCUGGCGCGCAUGGGACCUCAUUACGCUCGGUAUGAUUCCACCUUCACUCCUCCACAGCAAACCUAUCGACCUGCGCCAUAAGCCACUCUUUUACCUGGGUCAUCUCCCAACGUUCCUCAAUCUCCUCAUGACCGCAUACCUCCGCGAGCCACCUGUUGCCCCCGCACGCUUCACGAAGAUUUUUGAGCGCGGUAUCGACCCUCACGUAGACGAUCCAGAACACUGUCACUCGCACUCAGAGGUCCCAGAGCGUGACGAGGAUUGGCCUGCACUCGGAGAAGUGCUCGCCUACCGUGACAGGGUCCGCGCACGCCUCGCGAAGUUAUAUGACGAGCUGGAGGCGGGUACCCGGACGUUAACGAGAAGGUUGGCUCGCACGCUCAUGAUGAUCUUGGAGCACGACGGGUUCCAUAUCGAGACAUUAUUGUAUAUUCUCAUUCAGCGCGCAGGCACCGGCAUGCUCCCACCGCCUGGGUUUGCCUCUCCUCCAUGGGCUCAGCUGGCCGCUCAGUGGGACAAUAUCCCCGCCCCUUCUACGCCGCAUGCGACACUUGGUCCCUGUACAUUGACCAUGGGCCACGAUGAUCCUGAACCUGCGGACCUCAUUGAGGGCUUUGAGGCUGACGUCCAGGGUCACGAAUUCGGGUGGGACAAUGAAAGCCCCAAGCAUGCUGUCGAAAUCGGCCGCUUCAAGAUUGACUGGCGGCCUGUCACGAACGGCGAAUUCCUCGCGUACUGGCGGGGCGCGGGCAAGGACCGUGUCGCGAUUCCCCCGAGCUGGGUCGAGGAGGACGGCGAAGUUAGGGUGCGCACAUUGUAUGGCCCAAUCGCGAUGGAGAUUGCGCACAACUGGCCGGUGCUUACAUCGUACGAUGACCUGGCGACAUAUGCCGCGUCGAAGGGCGGCAGGAUCCCGACAGAGCCGGAACUGCGACUGUUCCUUGAUACGUACCAGGUUGGCUACGAGGAAGGUGCCAAUAUGGGCUUCAGGAACUGGCAUCCUAUGCCCGCGACUGCCGGAUGUGAGAAGGAUGGGCUCAGGGGCUCUAACGGCGGUGUUUGGGAGUGGUCCUCGACCCUUUUUGAUACUCAUGAGGGCUUCGAGGGCACGACGAUUUUCCCUGGAUAUUCGUCGGAUUUCUUCGACACCAAACAUCAGGUCGUGCUUGGUGCUUCCUACGCCACUAUUCCCCGUCUCGGUGACCGCCGUACUGUGCGGAAUUUCUACCAGCACAAUUAUCCGUACCCGUGGGUGGGGGCACGGGUUGCUUACGAUUUUUGA